UCCCAAAAACUCCACCCCAACACAAAAAUAGACAGAUACCCAAAGAAACUCACAUUUUCACUACCAGUCUACCAUUACUAGGAGAACGACAAAGAUACCAAAACCCUCGUCAUGCUUUCCUUUUAAAUCUUCUUUUCCUGAACCAACCGUAUUAGGGUUUUUCCAUAAUUUUUGCUAUUUUGGUGAUAAGUUUCCCUGUAGGAACUGAUAUCGUCUACAGCCUUUUCUUCCUUUUGUUAAUCAGAGAGAAAGUUUGCUUGAUUGCUCAAAAUGGGAAGAGGCAAGGUUCAGCUGAAGCGGAUCGAGAACAAGAUCAGCAGACAAGUAACGUUCUCGAAGCGAAGAACUGGAUUGCUUAAGAAAGCUCAUGAGAUCUCAGUUCUCUGUGAUGCUGAGGUAGCUUUGAUUGUCUUCUCCACCAAAGGCAAGCUCUUUGAGUAUGCUACCGAUUCCAGCAUGGAGGGGAUCCUGGAGCGGCAUGAGCAGUACUCCUAUGCAGAAAGGCAAAGCAUGUGUUUUCCUGAUUCAGAAUCACAGGGAAGCUGGUCCAUGGAAUUUCCCAAGCUAGCGGCAAGGAUUGAAAUCUUAAAGAGAAAAAUAAGGAAUUACACGGGAGAGGAUUUAGACCCCUUAAGCUUGAGGGAGCUUCAAAGUUUGGAGCAACAGAUUGAUAUAGCUCUGAAGCGCGUACGAGCAAGAAAGAACCAAGUAGUGCACGAAUCCAUCUCAGAGAUGCAGAAGAAGCAAAGGACAUUGCAAGAGCAAAACAACUCGCUAGCAAAGAAGCUCAAGGAGAAUGAAAAGCUUCUACAAGGAGAACAUAAUGAUAGUCAGCAGGCAAACCCCUCAACCCUUGUGUUAAUGCCGCCUCAGCAACCUCCAUCACCAGCACUGCUCUCUUCUCAAACUGUUGGUACUAAGUAUGCAAAUUCAGUGGGGCUUUCCAAGGUAGAAGUGAUGCAAUGGAUAAAGAUGAUGGGAGAAGAAUUCAGCCUCAGCCUGCUAGUAGCACAGUCAUGCCACCAUGGAUGGUUAGCCAUUGGAAUUAAUGAUGACUGCAAAUCACAUCAGAAACAUAUGUAAUGAAUAACAUCUUAAUGUCUAAUUUGGGUUGUGUAUCAACUGCAAGAUUUAUCAGGACAUCCGCUAAUAUUAUUUACCCGUCUUUAAAGAAUAAGAA